UUUCACAGGGUUUUGUUUGCGUGUGUAGGUGUCUUCGAUGCAGCAGGAGCUGUGUGUGAAGGAGCGGGGUUUGGAGGCCAGGCUGAGAGAGAUGGAGGAGAGCAGUAAAAACUCCAGCGCUGGUUUGACUAGACUGCUGCUCGCUCAACAGAAAACCAUCAGCCGCUACAAAGACGAGGCCAAGAACCUCACACAGGCUUUCCAGCAGAAACUCAACAGCCUCAGGUCAGAGCUGAACAGACAGAAACAGCGCGCUCAGGAACUGGAGAUCCAGGUGGAAGCUGAUCAUCAGAAGAUACUGGAGUAUGAGAGGCAGGUUUCAGAGCAUCAGGAGAAGAACACGCGUCUACAGAGGCGUCUUACUCAGGCAGAGCAACGUGCGGCCAGUGCAUCACAACAGCUGAGUGUGAUAUCACAACGGAGAAAAGCUGCAUCCAUGAUGGAUCUUGAGACUUUAUCAUAGAUAAACAGCAGCUGGUUUUGGUCACAUCAUCAUCAUCAUCAUCACCCUGAUCAGUUUGUUUUUGGGCUUCACAGUGUGUCUAGAGCUUUCACUGGCAGGAAUCCCCAUGUGUUUAUUAUUGACAAUUAAUGUAAUAAAAAGAGGUUGUUCACCACUAACCAUUGAGGAAAAUAUUAUACUCACUGCUUUGGGAGAAAUGUCAUCUAAAAAAUGAAUUGGCUACUGCUGAAUGAAAUUCUUUGGCUUAGUAAUGUUAUUUUUGUCUUAGUGAAUGUAAAAAUCACCCGAUUUAAAUUUACUGUAAUGGAAUCACUUUUUGUUUCAAAGACAUCUGUGUCAAAGUUACUACCAAGCCAAAGUGUUUUUUUUUCUUGGAAUGCUUCUUGUUGCACAAAUUACCAAUAAUACAAAUGUUUUUAAAACUGCGUGCAGAUGGGUUUUCAGUCUUCCUAGAACAAAGAUUUUGUUCUGGUUAGCUUGUGCCAUUGUAAGAAUUUACCAAUAAAUGCAAUAAUUUAUACCAAAGGGUUGUUGAGUGUUUGAUUCGGAGUGCUUUACAGACAUUCUAAUGUUCUCAGAGCAUUCACAGCUCAAGUACCUGCAGGCAGUUCCAUAUCACUUCAAAUUAUUUCAAAAACCCUUGCAGCCUACCAUAGCAAGAAAAAAAAGUACACAUUUUUAUUUUUACAUGAAAUUACCUUUAUCUGUACUGGUAGUGGCUAAUGGUUUUAACCAGGGGCUGGA